AUGACUGGUAUUUCUCAGUACAAACACGAUGAGAUUCGUUUCGUCCUCAGGGAGAUCGUCAGAAAAACCAAGCUUCCUUCCAUCAGUGAAGGCUUCUUCACCCGCUUUACCAAAACCCUGAACCCGAAUCAGAUUCGAUAUAUCAAGAACAAAUAUGGAAAGGAUCCUACCUUCAAGAGUCCCAUGAUCAACUACCGCGGCGCCAACGCAGCCGACUUGGAAGAUUCGGAUAAUUCUCAAGAAGAGCAGAGUGGUUGGGUAAAUCAUCCCCUGCUUCUCGCCCCAGAGAAUCACAGUCCUCGUGAGCAGUCCCAGAGCCCGGAACUGCUGGCAUCACACAAUCCGAUCCCGACAGGACCUUCUGUGCCAAACCCACCCAAAACCACGAAAAGUCAUGAGAGUCCAGUCUCUCUCAUCCCUGGUUGGCCGCAGCGACGGGAGCAAGGGAUUUACUUCCAACCCAGUAACCGUAUAUAUCAGCAGCCCCAAGAUCUGAACAUCCCCUCUCAAAUCCUCCCGGCCGAGCCAGACCUCAGCCAACAACCAAUAAUACCAGUUGCACAAGCA